CGCGUCCCUUGCCAUUGUCUCCGCCACCUCCUUAUUAUUUUUUCCUCCGUCUCCUGCGAGGACGCCUCUGCACAGACACUGUUACGCCUCGACCCUACCAUGGACGCCGCAAGUGGUCGCCAUGCGAGUCCAGCCUUACCGGCGCCCCAAACCCGCCAGGCGAUUGAAGCAGAAAUCGCCCGGUAUUCGAACUACCUCAUCGACCUCAGAACACGGCUCAACACCUUCGCAUCCAUCUCCGUGCUCCCUCCAGAGGUUCUCUCCGAGGUCUUCAUGCAUACCGCGGGUGCCGGCGGCCGCAGCACUGCCCAGUCGGACCGUUGGGGCAUCUACAUGGAAAGUUUGACUCGCCCAUAUAGCUGGAUUCGUGUCUCCCAUGUCUGCAGGCACUGGCGCGCUGUGGCGUUGAACUGCCCCGCUCUCUGGGGCAACUUGACGGUGACCAAGCAGCGCGAGUGGAUGGAGGAGGUGCUGGGACGGUCGAAGAAGGCGCCCCUAUAUGUGUCCGUAGACAUCUCGAUGUCCUUGCCCAUGGGUCUCUCUGCGACGUUCUAUCCGCGGGUAAACUCGCCUCAGGAGGAUUCUCUGGCGUUGAUUCUCUCGCACACGGCACGCAUACGCUCGCUCUCCCUCGGAUCCAAGGGGCCGCUCUCGGAGAGGAUCCUGCGUCUGCUAGACGGACCUGCCCCGCUACUCGAGACGCUCACUAUGAGGUUCGAGACGGGCUCACAUAUAUGCAACAACGAACAAGACCACAUUCACAAGCUACUCCACCCCGAGACCAGUCGUCUCCGGCAGCUGCACCUACACUCCGUGCUUCUGCAGUGGAAUAACACUUCGCUGCCACAGCUGACACACUUGACUGUCACUUGCAAACCGCACCAGGUUACAGUGCAAGUCCAUGUCGAAGCCUUCCUCCGCGCCAUCGAGCAGAUGAGUGUCCUGGAAGAGCUCGUAGUUCAAUCGGCGCUUACUGCGCCUAUUGACCAGGGAGAGGUCCCGACGAACUUGGUCCAAGCCUCCUUGCCCCGCCUGCGCUAUCUGCGAGUUUUGGAGAAUACGCGCAACACCAUCAGCCUGUUGAGCCAUAUGACAACCCCGUCACUCGCGCGCCUCUUCGUGGAAAUAGAUGGAGACACGAAAACACUCAGUGGUGAGCUCUUUGCUGCUCUUGCAACAAAGACGCCCAGCCUGGGCACUUUCGCUACCCUUGUUGUCACCAUCGCCCGCUUCACGCUGCACGGUAUCCACAUACAGGCGUUCCGCAAAGGUUGCGUAAACCGCGAAACGAGGCCCGACUCACAGCCCGAGCUCGAAGUAUGCUUCGGACGGCUGGAGCCAGACACCGUGAUUACCAACGCUUGCGAAUCCCUUCCCAUCUGCGACGUCCACUUCCUCACCGUCUCUGGCCGCUCGUUGCUCCGCUCGACACUGCUCGCCCUCUUCAAGCGCACCAAGAAGGUCGUGGAACUGAACGUGACACAGUGCGCGGACUACGAUGUUCUCCCCGGCGUGCUUGUCGACCGCCGGCGAGGACACAAACACAGACACAGCGAGGGCAACGCGUACCAUUACAUCCUUCCGCACCUCCGCUCUCUGUCCCUGUCGCUCUGCUACUUCGGCGCCCGCGGUGACCCCUACGAGUACGAGCUCGAACCAUCCGAGCGGCUCGCCGAUGGUUUGAUCGAUUCCUAUAUACAGCGGUACGAGUACGGGGCGGAGAUCGAGCAGCUGCACAUCGUCCACCCUGUCAAUCUAUCCCGGCGGGAGGUCGACCGGCUCAAGGAAGUCGUCCGUGUCGUGGAAUGGGAUGGCACGAUAGACUUCGACGAACAGGAAUCUGAUUCCCUCUAUCACUCAGAGGACGGGUACGAUGACGGCAUAUAUGACGAUGAUGUCUGGGGCUACGAGUAUGGAGGUAUGGAUAUGUUCGACGAUAUGGAUUACGAUCUGCACCACUUCUUUUAGUUUACUUUCCUGAAUCUUGUCGUGUCUGUUGUCCCGAUUUCGCGUUUCUAAUUUGCUAUGGUGCAUUUUCUAAUUUGCUAUGGUGCAUAAUUUCGUCACUUUGCAAUCAGUUUGCCCCGGUGA